UGAAGGAGUCGAAGUUGGGCACAAAUACUGUUGCCAUCAGAACUAUAAAAUACACGACGUUCGCCGGCCUGUGCAUUCACUUUUUGGCCUGUUUCUGGUAUAUGCUCUCUUGUAGUGGCCGUCAUGGAGAUACCAUCACCUGCGAAAAUGGAACAUGGGCCACAGAAUUAACCCCAAGUUCUUAUAUCAGUGAUAAAAGUACUCUAGAUGCAUACGUUGUUUCCCUGUAUUGGGCUGUGGCAACUACAACAUCAACCGGAUAUGGUGAUAUCAGCGCCAUCACACAGGAGGAGAAGGCUUAUUCUAUACUGGCAAUGCUAGUGGGAAUCGCCGUUUUCUACGGUGUGAUCCUCGGUGGCAUGGCCUCGAUGAUGACCAACUUCGACUCCCAACGUGCUAGAUACACACAUCGCUUGAACGUCAUCAAGGAAAAUCUUAGAGAUCUGCGCGUAAAAGAUGAAAUGUACUGCCUAGUCGUUGGCUACUAUGAAUAUCUAUGGGUUCGGAAAAAAGGUGUAACUGACGACAGUAUGUUCAAUAAGCUUCCUCUAACAUUUCAUGCAGAAGUGUCUCUCAGUGCCAAUAAAUAUAUUCUUGACAAGGCUCCAAUGUUCAAGAACUUGAGUGAAGGAUUUCUCAGAAUGCUCUCAUUGGAAAUAAAACCGUCACUGUACCUGCCAAAGCAAAUUAUAGCUGUUCGAAAUGAGAUAUGUCACACCAUGUUCUUUAUACACCGUGGAGAAGCAGAGGUUCUUUCGCCAGAUGAUGAUGAAACGAGUAUAACUCAACUCCGCCAUGGCAGACUGUUUGGGGAGGUGAACCUGAUCUUCAGCAUGCCUCGGACACACAGCAUUCGAGCUGCGGCACAUUGCGAUCUGAUGGUUCUUGACAGAGCAGACCUGCAAAAUGUACUCCAUCACUACCCUGAAGUUGCCAAGAAGCUACAACAAAUUGCAGAAGAGCGUUGUGACGCUGCAGGUCUACUGGAAGACCGAGCAAAGGCUGGCGAGGGCAUUAUACCUGCUUCAAAGAGCAUGAAAAGAUUAUCUAUCAUCAGCGCCCAAGUAUCUAAGCUAUCUGCCAAGAUCACCGGUAGACAUGAAGUGCAUCAAGCUGUUGAUGCCUUAAACAUUGAAGAGGCUGGCAAUGAGUGGGUGGCAGUACAUCGUGGGACCUGCAGAUCUCGUAUUGAAAAGCAGAUUGAAGGUGUGAAGAGGACAUUCUCAAAGUGCAUUCUAAUGCCAAAUUCCCGCUUUGCCAAAUAUUGGGAACGACUGGUCCUCCUGAUAACGCUGGUGAUUGUAAUGAUCUACCCAUACGUAGCUAGCUUCUCUGCUUCGAAAGUUAGAAAUACCGGUAAUAUUCCACUACUUACGUGUUGCUACAUCAUGGACUUCAUCCUUAUCUGCGACAUAUUCGUACGCCUGCGAACAGCAGUGGUUACUCCAAAUGGAACUUAUAAGGAUUUUAAGAGCAUACGUGAUCAUUAUGUGAAGAGCUGGGGAUUUGUUGUUGAUGUGCUCGCUGUACUACCGCUUGACCUAUUCUGCUUGUAUGCACCACGUGGUUCAAAUCCGAGAACGAUUGCGCUUUACCGACUCCGUCUCAAUCGCCUGAUCAAGUAUUGGAGAGUACUUGAUUUCUUCAAGAACUUGGAGGAAGAUUUGAAUGUGAAAAUUGGAACUAUACGCGUGUUCAAAUUUCUGAUAAAUAUCUCUCUGUUGUCACAUUGGAGUGCAUGUUUCUGGUACAUCGUUGCCUGUAUCACUGGCAUAUGUCGUAUAGAUUUGUGUCCAUCUUCAAAUGGAACUCAGUUCGUGUUCACUGAGCCAAGCGACAGUUGUCAGGAAGGUACAUGGGUGGAUCGAGCUAAUGCGUCAACCCCGUUUGAGGAGUAUGUGACCGCUCUGUAUUGGGCAGCAGCAACAAUGACCAGCACCGGAUAUGGUGACAUCAGUGCACACACAACUGUAGCGCGCUUUAUAUCCGUGGUAGCAAUGCUUGUGGGCUUGCUUCUUUAUGGUUACUGUUUGUCAUCAAUUGCUGCAACAUUAGCAAAUGCUGAUGCACCAAGAGUUGGCUUUCAAGAGAAGCUUUUUGCUGUGCAAGAAUUCAUGCAAGAUCAUGGACUAAGCUCGGAACUAACACAACGUGUAAUCAAUUACCUUAGUCUAGUAUUCAGGAAACAUAGGGGAGAAGCGAUGCCUGGAGGUGAACUGCUCAUGCAUGACAUGCCAAUACGACUUCAGCAGGAUGUCGCGUAUGAAGAUGCAAGGAACACCAUUGGACAGGUGCCAUUGUUCCAAGACUGUGAUGAGGCGUUUGUUCGUAUGCUCGCCCUCAAGACUCACACUUAUCUAUUCACGCCUGGAGAUGUUAUAGUCUACGAGGGUGAUAUGGGAAGGGAAAUGUACUUCAUAAGGCGCGGUACAUGUGAAAUCUUGUCAAAAGACAUGACUCGUGUUGUAAGCACCAUAGGUCCAGGCCAUUACUUUGGAGAAGUUGGAUUGAUCUUUGGCGAUUACCGAACGGCAACUGUACGCGCUGCAUCUUACUGCGAGGUGUUGAUGUUACAAAGACCCGCACUGGAUGAAGUACUCGACCAUUUUCCUUUGAUAGCAAAGCAAUUCAAGGAGGCAGCGGAGAAUAAAAACCAUCUGUUGGAUCUGCAGAAGGCUUGCAAGCAAAAGGAGAACCAGGAAGUGCAAACCACAUCUGAUCCUGAUCAAGACACGUCAUUUGAAGCAAAAGUACAUAAACCUAGCAAUGCAUCCGUCAAGAUUUUUGAUGUGAACACUGAGGACUACUUAAAUCCUUUUAGGGAGUUAAACAUUUUUGGCAGAAUCUUCUCCAAACUUCUAAUGAGUCGUGCAUUGUUGUCUGAAGGCAAUUUCUGCAAAUGGUGGGAGAUACUACGUGUAGCUGUGGCUCUCAUCUCAGCUUUCACCAUCACGCUUCAAGCAUGCUUCUUGCAUACAGAUGUUGCAUUAUGGGUUGUGAACUAUGCACUGGACAUUACUUGCUACGUGGACAUGUAUUUAAAGUUUCACAUGGCUUUCAAUAAUUCAAACAAUGUACAAGUAACGCAUCCACUUUCGACGGCCAAACAUUAUUUAAGGACCAAUUUUGUUAUUGAUCUGCUUGCUAUUUUCCCCACCGAGCUCAUUGCUUAUGCAGUAUUACGAAGCUUUAUAGGAGACUCUGUGCAUAUAUAUGCCCUAGUUAGAUUGAACCGCCUUCUACAGCUGUACAGAGUGCCUCUGGCAUUCAACUACCUAGAGUCCGGAGUGGAGCGUGAGACCGAUUCAAUCCGCAAGGUGAAAUUCCUCUUCUACCUACUCAUCUUCAUACACUUACUAGCUUGUGCGUGGUACUUUAACGCAUGCCCACCAAUCACCACCAAGGAAGUUCCAGAUGACCGCUUCAAAACCAACAGUCACUACUGCUACACGAAUUCUUGGACAAACUAUACAGCUUUAGAUUUUGGCUCAAAAUCCAUAGGCGUUCAGUAUGUGAUCAGUUUGUACUGGGCAUCGGCCACUGGAGCUUCUGUUGGGUAUGGAGAUAUUCACGCAAAUAAUGUGAAUGAAAUGGUGCUUGCAUUAUUUUCAAUGAUCAUGGGUAUUGUGUUCUUUGGGUACAUUAUUGCUAGCGUAGCUGCUAGCUUGGCCAAUGCUGACGCACAACGUGCCCGCUACCAAGAGAAACUAACAGCAGUCAAGCACUAUCUGAAGGAUCAUCAAUCUGAUAAGAACCUGGAGCAUAGAGUCAUCACGUACUACAACUACUUGUGGCUUCGCACUAAGGGCGUUGACCCUGACUCGCUUUUUGAUGGCUUGCCUCUUUCUCUUAAGGCAGAUGUCACCCUGAAUCUUUACCAGGAGAUGAUCAAUAAGGUACCACUGUUCCAAAACACAGAGGUUGGUUUUCAGAAGAUGUUGUCAAUGUGUAUGCGACCAGUUCUGUUUCUCAGUGGUGAAUAUGUUGUCAAGAAAUUUGACUUUGGAAAAGAAAUGUUCUUUAUACAUCGUGGUAUUGUGGAAGUGGUAUCGGAGGAUGGAUCAACUGUCUUUGACACAAUGGAAUCAGGCAGGUUCUUUGGAGAAAUAAGCUUGGUAUUCAGUUGUGCACGAACAGCAUCCAUUAGAGCUCGGACAAAUGUGGACAUGUUUACACUACACAAAGAUAACUUGGAUGAGGCACUGACGCAUUACCCAUCCAUCAAAGAGCAGAUAUACAAAGUAGCAGAAGAACGCAUCAAUGCUGUACGCAAACGCAGCAAGGCCAAGAUUAGCCCGCUAAAGGUACCUGAGGAUAAUAAAGCAAAGGAAGAGGCAAAAGAAGAAAAGAAAGAUGCAAAGAAGGACAAACAGGCUAAUGGCAAAGCAACUGCUGCAGGGCCUACGAUACCAGAAGAGACUAGCAUUGACAUGGAGGAUUCUCCGACAGCUACUGGAGGAUGCUGUAGGAAUCGCAACUAUCUGCAAUGGUUCCUCGAUUCCAAUCGCUUUGUUCUUAGCCCCAGCAGUAUGUUUGUAGUUGUACUAAAGAGAGUGACGAGUUUCCUUGUAUUCCUCACCACCUGGACAAUCUUAUAUCAGGCUUGCUUCCAGGUGCCUAGCAACAUCAUUCUUGUUUUCAGCUAUGUGUCUGAGGCUGUGUUUGUCUUCGAGAUUUAUGUCAAAUUCCAUGUGAGCUGUGCUAAUGAAUAUGGAGACCUGGAAAGGGAUUUUAACAAAGUCUACAAGUCGUACUUAAAGAAGAAAAGUGGCUUCACAAUAGAUGUCAUAGCUGCACUACCGCUCGACAUCCUUGCUCUGUGUGGCCGUGACGAUGACCAGAAAUUCUUAGCAUUAACUAUUCUACGACUGAUCCAUUUAGUACGUCUCUACAGACUGAGCGAGUUCUUCAAAUCCUGGGAGACAGAGCUCAAUAUCAAUGUUUUCCAUGUUCGUAUGACCAAAUUCUUUGUGAUUUUGGUUAUUGUCAUCCACUUGUUUGCCAGCAUCUGGUACCUACUGGCCUGUCCAAAUAAGAAAUGCAAGAAAGACUCAUGGGCUGCGUACACUGAAGACAUCUGGUACAAAGAUGCCUCAAAAAGGCCAGACUAUUUGUAUGAAUUAUAUAUAUACUGUGACUGCAUAUACUGGUGUGUAGCAACUCUCACAUCAACAGGCUAUGGGGACAUACAUGCCUACAGCCCAGAAGAAAUGGUGUUUGCAAGCUUUGUGAUGGUUGCUGGGCAAGUGUUAUUUGGUUCUAUUCUUGGUAAUAUUGCUUCUACCCUGGCCAAUGCUGAUUCUGGAAGAGUUAGCUACGAGGAGAAGCUCUAUGCCAUCAAAAACCAAAUGAAAGACCAAAAGUUGCCAAGUAAACUAAGGAACCGGGUCAUCAGCUAUUUUGAUUAUCUCUGGGCUCGACACAAUGGCAUUGAUCAGUACACUCUGUUUCACGAUACCCAGUUCUGUUUACAGACAGACAUUGGUGUCAGCAUCAAUCAAGAAUUAUUAACAAAGGUUCAGAUAUUUGCAGAGGCCGAGGCUAGCUUCUUGAGGGCGCUGACUCUGAUGCUGCGACCUGUCCUAUUCAUGCCUAAUGAUUUUAUCGUCAGACAGGGUGAUGUUGGUGAUGAAAUGUACUUCAUCUACCGUGGAACAGUUGAGAUUAUGGAAGAAAAAAAUGAGAAGAAAGUUGCAAAACUUCUCGAUGAGGGGGACCACUUUGAUGACAUCAACUUGCUCUACGAUGUUCCGCGUCGACGAUCCGUCAGAGCACGCACGCAUGUGGACCUGCAUGCUCUCUCAUGCAAGGAUUUGAAAUCUGUCCUGGAACAGUUCCCAUCAGUGCGGGCCACCAUCCGUGAAAUCGGAAGGUUAAAGUAUUGGGACUACGCAACAAGCGUGGGUGCCCAUGAGCAUUUUCCAUCGCAGGAAACUACAGUUUGAUUCUCAUUAUUAUAUAAUAAGAUCUUAUCCUGUUAUUUAUAUACGAUUAACAGUACUUACAAUAUAACUGAAAAUAGCACUGUUUUGGUUGUUGUGUUUUGUGUUUGUUACCUUGCACUCUAUCAAAUUGAAAACUUUAUAAUAAUAGAUUUUUUUCUUUCACUAUAGAAAUUGUUGAUAUUAUAAGAGAUAACUGCAAGUUUAGGUUAUUGGUAUUGGUAUUUAGAUUUUUUCAUUGUUAUAAAUUUUAACUGUUCUGUUCUCAUGGCCUCAGCAGGCUCUUCAGGGUUAGUGCAAUUAAAAUUAUACUAUUAUGCAAAUGAACAGUUUAACUGUAAUAAGCUAUAGUAAUACAGUUUGAAUAUUGAAAUUAAGCAUGAUUUUAACAUUUACUUGUGAUUGUAAAAAAAUAAUUGUUAAAAUGAAUAUAGCAAUUUAGUAAAAAUAAUAUGGGAAAUAAAAACAUGAUUAUUAAAGAAAUGAAGUAAAUUAUUAUCAGAUGCAGGAUUUAGUAACACGUUGUCUAGUUGAUAUUUAAAUCUUCAAACUUUGAAAAACUUUGUAUGUUGCAGGUUGUUAUCAUUACAUCAUAUUCAAAUUGAAUUGUUCAUUAUUUCUUGUAUCUCAAUGAUUGAUAUUUGAUGGCAGAGUGUGCUGCUUGUAUAUCGUGCAAUUUCAGACAUGUAUAUAACUUGUAUUUAACUUGUAAUUUGGCAAUAAACUUUUGACAACAAGUUUGA